AUGCAGGCUCUUGCAUCUUCCGCAUCUCAGUUCUCUACUAUUGCUGACAGUUCUACGAAUCUUAAAGAGGUUUUAGCGAAGAAAAUACCUGCACAUAACAAGAAAGUCGUUGAAUUCCGGAAAAGUCAUGCCGGAACAGUUUUGCAACAGGUCACCGUCGAUAUGAUUUAUGGAGGAAUGCGGUCAAUGAAGGGAAUGGUAACGGAAACUUCGGUUUUAGAUCCAGAGGAAGGUAUUCGAUUCAGAGGUUAUUCCAUUCCUGAAUGUCAGAAGCUACUACCGCACAUUCAAGGAGGUGAACAGCCUCUCCCAGAAGGAAUAUGGUGGUUGCUGUGUACCGGUGACAUCCCUAACGAAAAACAAGUGGACACAAUAAGCAAGGAGUGGGCUUCUCGUGCUGAUCUUCCUGAUUAUGUUGCGCAAAUGCUUAUGAAUUUUCCAACAAGCGUUCAUCCUAUGGCCCAAUUUGUUUCAGCUAUUUCUGCUCUUAAUAGCGAAAGUAAAUUUGCACAGGCUUAUCGGCGUGGGGUCCAUAAAAGUACCUACUGGGAAUACGUUUAUGAAGAUUCUAUGAACUUGUUGGCAAAACUACCAACAAUUGCGGCUAUAAUUUACAAGAAUUUAUAUCGCGACGGUGCUCAUAUUGGGGUUAUUGAUCCAAACAAAGAUUGGUCAGCCAAUUUUUGUGCAAUGUUGGGUUAUGAUGAUGCGGAAUUUAUGGAACUUAUGCGUUUGUAUCUUACUAUUCACAGUGAUCAUGAAGGUGGUAAUGUUUCGGCACAUACUUGCCAUCUCGUUGGUUCUUCUCUUGCAGACCCAUACUUGUCAUUCUCAGCGGCAAUGGCAGGUUUGGCUGGUCCACUUCAUGGGUUGGCCAAUCAAGAAGUUCUCGUGUUUCUCUCCAAGAUCGUAAAGGAUUUGAGUCAUAACUACACAGAAAAGGAUUUACGUGAUUGGGUUUGGAAGCAUCUGAAGAGUGGCCAAGUUAUACCUGGUUACGGGCAUGCCGUUCUUCGAAAAACUGACCCUAGGUACACUUGUCAGAGAGAGUUUGCUUUGAAACAUUUACCGAACGACGACAUGUUUAAACUGGUUUCAACGUUAUAUAAAGUUACCCCAGAUAUCUUGUUGGAACAGGGGAAGGCGAAAAAUCCGUGGCCAAACGUUGACGCCCACUCAGGAGUACUAUUGCAACACUAUGGAAUGCAUGAAAUGAGUUUCUAUACCGUACUUUUUGGAGUUUCUAGGGCAUUAGGCUGUCUUUCUCAACUGAUCUGGUCCCGAGGAAUGGGACUGCCGAUAGAACGGCCAAAAUCUCACUCUACAGAAGGUUUAAUGGCCUUAGCAAAGGCAGCUGGUAAAAAGUAG